GUCCUGGCGUUCCAGCUGGGGCAGCAGGUGCUGGCGUGCCCGGUGGUGCUGAAGGGCCCGCAGAGCCGCUGGCCGGAGCAGGAGGACCUGGUGAUGGUGGGCACAGACCACGUGGAGUAUCGCUACGGCAAGGCCAUGCCUCUCAUCUUCGUGGGAGGCACGCCCCGCAGUGGCACCACUCUGAUGCGCGUCAUGCUGGACGCUUACCCCGAGGUGCGCCCACCUGGAGGUGCGCUCUGCGGGGAGGAGAAGACCCGCAUCAUCGCCGGUGUGCUGGCCAUGUGCCAGGCCUGGUCCAAGUCUCGCUGGGAGAAGCUGUGGCUGGAGGAGGCAGGCGUGACAGAAGUGGUGCUGGACGCCGCCAUGCAGGCCUUCAUCCUGGAGGUGAUCGCCAAGCACGGCGAGCCGGCCCGCGUGCUCUGCAACAAGGACCCCUUCACCCUCAAGUCCUCCGUCUACCUGUCGCGCCUCUUCCCCAACUCCAAGUUCCUGCUGAUGGUGCGCGACGGCCGCGCCUCCGUGCACUCCAUGAUCACGCGCAAGGUCACCAUCGCCGGCUUCGACCUCAGCAGCUACCGCGACUGCCUCACCAAGUGGAACAAGGCCAUCGAGGUGAUGUACGCGCAGUGCCUGGAGGUGGGCCGCGACAAGUGCCUGCCCGUGUACUACGAGCAGCUGGUGCUGCACCCCCGGCGCUCCCUCCAGCUCAUCCUGGACUUCCUGGGCAUCGCCUGGAGCGACUCCGUCCUGCACCACGAGGACCUCAUCGGCAAGCCCGGCGGCGUCUCCCUGUCCAAGAUCGAGCGAUCCACCGACCAGGUCAUCAAGCCCGUGAACCUGGAAGCCCUGUCCAAGUGGACCGGGCACAUUCCCGGGGACGUGGUGAGGGACAUGGCCCAGAUCGCCCCCAUGCUGGCUCGGCUCGGCUACGACCCCUACGCAAACCCCCCCAACUACGGCAACCCGGACCCCAUCGUCAUCAACAACACGCACCGGGUGAACCCGAACAGCACCGCCUCCCACGUGGGAAGCUCGUGAUUUCCAGGUCUCCGCAGUGGCUGUCGCCAGGAAGGGGAGAAGCUGCCUCCAGUGGAAAUCGGACUCUAAUCCAAGCAUAUUGCUUGCUAUUAACCGGCAAAGGGACUGCUGCCCAGGGGUGAUUUGCAUAUGUUUGCAAAGCCGGAUCUUUGGAAACUUUCCUUGAAACACGCUGCCUUCGGACCCUCCGGGAUGGAGGGCGGGAGUGUGGACACCGUCCAGCUUUGGAAACUUGGUUUUUAUAUUUUCCCGCGAGAACUUUUUCUAAGAAGUGGCCUUGCCGCCUCGCUCCUGUGCAGGGCGCCUGGGCGGCGCUGCUGGCUGGGACCAGGCCACCCCGUGCCUCUCCUAGGCCCUAUUUUUGAAUUCAAAGAAUCUAUUUAAAAAUUUAAUAUAUGAGGCUUUCUUUGAUUCCUCCCCAGCCCUUAAAUGGACACAGAAAAUAGAUCUAUUAUUUGAAUAAAGUGACCAGGGACUCGUU